CCAGUGGGGAAAGUUCAUCUGGAAGUUCAUCCGGAAGUUUGAUGCUAAGUCGCCCAGAGAACGGGAAUCUCGACAAGGAGAGCUCUGGCAGCUCGACAUUGUUGGGCGCUAGACUACUUAGCCGUGAUAGCUCGUGUCUGAUACUGAAUAGCCAACGCCUUUCUCCAUCACUUCCGGCACUAUGGUCCGCUGGAGACCUUCAGGGGCAGCGCAGAGAGACUCGGAUUGGCGACGAGUAUACUUAUUAACAGCAGUGUCCGUCAGGGGCUGUGUCUGGUUGGUUCAACUCCCUGGGUUCAUCAACUACGGGAGAUGUGCAAGCAGGUGGAUCGACAUUCGGGUCACGCUUGCCAGGAGCAGGAGGUCUGCGCGUACCGUUUCAUGGAUCGCCCAUGCGUAUUUGUAUUAUCAUUACCAUCGGGGCACUGCCGCGGCUUUACUCGGCAUCACGAUCUGCCAGGGCCCAGACGGUGCUCUGUACUGGUGUCAACUAUUAUUAUCAUCGUCCCCCGCAAUCUACGGUAUGAGAACAACUGGACAGCAGAAAGCAUCGAAAGAAUAAGAUUUCGAACGUCAGUCGUCCCAUCUUGGCUCGUCAAUACUCGAAAUCUGAUACUUAAUGUCAACUGUUCCAUGGAUUUCUCAUGUUCUUUUAUCCAUGGCUCUUGUCGCGCGUUGCCAACAGAACCAGCUCCACAGCCUGGUCCAACGUCAGAUCCAUCUUAUUUGACCAUGCGCUGUCCCGCGCGUUUCAUUCCCGCUUUAGCACCAAGGUUAAUUUUUAAAUUCGUCUCUGAACGGGGCCCGUGGACCGCUUGUCUUAGCUUUACCGUACACAAUGGGACCGCCCAUCAUUUUGUAUUAUUGUGAUGAGUACAAUAAUCAUCUAGCGUGUCCGGUCGCAGCCAAGCAGAAUCGAUGGCAAGCGAAUGGGCCAAGGGUCUAGAAUUGACAACUACUCUGCACCUCUGCUAAUAAUUCCGUCCCGCUGGGGAUGAUCCUCCGCUGAUGGACCCUUUCCCGAUCUGGCAGGUACUUAAGGAUGCCACUAGCAGGAAAAUAAUUAUAAUUAAUAGAGCUAUGGAGCCAGCACGCGCGAUCUGGUUACUACUCUACCGUUGGUG